AUGAGCUCCAAGCUUCUCGCUCUCUUCAAGCAGCCCUCCCGCCUCACCGUCCUCCAGCGCAGAUCCCAGCACUCCCUCCAGACCCACGACGAUAACGUGCACUUCUUCAUCCUCCGCUGGCACCCCACCAAGAAAGCCGAUCGCCUCCGACCCCUGCCGGGAGGGCCCGGGGGCGAGCGGGGGGGCUUCGACGAGCAGGCGUUCGCGGACGAGCUGCAUCGGGUGGUGCACGAGGAGCUGGAGGAGGAGGAGGCGUGGCUCUUCAAGAUCUACGCUCAGAAGACAUACCUGGACGUGGACUGCAUCUCGUACCUGUCUGUGAACCGGCAGGCUUUCAGCAAGGAGAGGUUCGUGUGCAACUGCACCAUGUUCGUACCGGUGAUCACGUGGGGGAGAGUGACGAGCGUGCUGGGGCUGCUGGAAGGGAUCCGGGAGGAGGCGGACAGGGAGGACGACUUCUUGCAGCUUGCGCUGGCGAUGAUCUACCUGCUGGAGAAGAAGGCCGGGAGGGCGAGGCUUGUGCUACCGAUCCUGCGAGACGAGGGAGGAGGGCACGUGUCGCUGAGGGAGGCAGUGGAGAGGCUGAGCGGGAGGGGGUCGGGGGACGUGAGGAGGAGCGCGGAGGAAGCGGGGGGGAUGCUGAAGGAGCAUCUUGUGAAGGAGCUGAGGGCCCAGAUAGCAGGGCAGGUAUGGCACUUCGAGAAGCACAACCCACGGGGGAUAGAGAUGCUGCAGGUGCUGCGAGAGACGAAGACGUACGAGCUGCUGCACGAGUUCUUUGCGCUGCGGAGUAUCGACUCGCUUGACCGGCUGUCAGCUGUGAGCACGAUGACGUCGGCGAGCAGGGCGAGGGCGUGCGAGGACUGCGAGGGGACGUGCGAGGGGAUCAACAGAGCGAAGGAGGCUUUCUACGACGAGGCGGUGAAGGCGAUAGGGGAGAUGGUGAGGGGCUGUGCGGAGGACGAGCGUUUCCUGCCGUUGAACACGAGGCUGCGAGUGUACCGGGACGACGACGUGGACGGGAUACUAGCGCUGAGGUCGAGCAACGCGCUGGAGACAGCGCUGCUGAAGACGCCCGCGCAGUGCUGCAUCGCGUUUGCUGGAAUUACGCAGCUGUUGUUCGGGGCAGUGAUGGUACAGCGGAUGUUAGAAGGGCACACAAUCUGGAUGCAAUUUCCCGAAACAAAAGAGGUCCUCACACCGAGGACGGUGCAAGUGUCGAAAGUGAUCGACUCAUUUCUGAGUUUCCUAUGGGGUACGCUGUAUCUGUCUGCGAUCGUGACGUGUAGGUUUAGCACGCCCUUGAACGCCAAGCGUGUCUUGGUAGGAUCCGGACAUCUGAUUGUAUGGCUGAAGAUCAUCUCAUCGGCUUCGGACUUCAUUCAGUGCGAUGUAAAGGAUGCUGUUUCAUGGCCGGGUUGUAGCGGGCUGUCGUCGUUCAUACUGAUAGCAUGCGUCUCGAUCGUGCUGUACUUUGUGCACUUCAUGCAGCAUUAUGCCUGGAUCGUAGUGUUUGUGCUGCAAGGAGCUUACUGCAUCAGAGACGGGCUCACAAUACGGGAGAACACCAAGCCGAUGUUUGUCGUUCUUGGCGUUAUUUCGUGGAUCAUCGUCAUCGUCAUCGUCGUGAAGUACUCGCUGUCGUACCGGCAGACGUAUAAGGAUCUCAGUGCGGCGAUGGAGGGCUUCGAGAAGACCUGGAGCAAGGUCGUGUCCUCGUCAACGGACAAGCUGGAGGAGAUCAGCAGGGAAGUGCUGGAGAUCUCGCAGAAGCUCGGGGCAUGGAGUAGACGGGAGGGGGGCUUGUGGGAGAGGGUGCGGUCAAGGGCGAUGGGCAAGCGGGCGUCGCGGUACUCGGUGAGGAGCAAGAAGAUCCGGCAGGAGAGCAAGAGCCUGGAGAAGCUGUUCGAGGAAGCGCACGAGGUGAGCGCGGCGUUCCAGCUUUGGGUGAGCGGGUGGAACCCCGUGGGGAGGAUGGAGCACGGGAAGGUGAAGUCCUGCGAGCGAGCCAUCCAGAAGACCGUGAGGUCGUACCACCGGGACCCGUCGUGCUUGACGGACCUGGUGCGGUGUACAGUGGUGGUGAAGUCGGUGGAGGAGGUGCUGGAGUGGGUGAGGCAAGUGCGGUCGAUGUCGGCGGUGGCGGCAGGGCUAAGCGGGCCGAUGAGCGAGGAGAAGGAUGAGGCGGCAGGAGACGUGGAGUCAGGAAGGGGGGAGGGCGGUGACGGGGUGUACUUGAACAUCACGAGCAUCAAGAACAGGUAUGACAGGAGGUACGAUCUUCGAGCUUGCGGAGGGUAUCGGGACCUGUGCAUAUGUGUUGAGGUAGGAUGGACGGUCAACGCUAAGAACGGCUCAUGCACUUUCAUCCCGCUUAAGCAAUGGGACGAGACACUCAACCUGCGACGACACAUCUGCGAGGUCCAGGUGCUGCUAGAGGAUAUGUACACCGUGAAGCAGCAUGUGCACAAGGAGUACGUGAACUUCCGCAACGUGCUAUGUCAGGCUCAUCGUGGUGCCAGUCCGCGGGCCAGCAUGGCUGAAGAGGCCUCCAGACCCCUACCGCUAUCCUUCCUCCCGCGGCACAAGUACAAGACUCGAGCAUCGAUCUCUGGCGGAGGCUCGGUUGGUCAAGUGCUUGCUGCUGGUCCUCAGGGACUGAGCCGUCACUAG